CUACAUUGUAGAGAAGAAUAAAUGUAAGCUUUGUCGCUAGGACAGCCGUCGCUAAGAUUCCAUGAAACUCACACAGAAAACUGGAUCUGCAGAUUCCAAUUAUAGCCAACCAUCUUCAGACCUGUCUCUAGACGAGGAAAGAGAAGCGCUCCGUCGGGAGACAGAGAGGCAAGCGCUUACAAAGCUUGAAAAGGCUAGGACGAAACCAGUAACCUUUGCUGUCCGAACCAAUGUUGCUUAUGAUGGAACACUGGACGAUGAUAGCCCUGUGCAUGGCUGUGCCAUAUCUUUUGGAGUUAAAGAUUUCCUUCAUAUCAAAGAAAAGUACAAUAAUGACUGGUGGAUUGGAAGGCUUGUUAAGGAAGGAUGUGAUGUUGGCUUUAUCCCAAGUCCUGUUAAAUUAGAAAAUCUUAGGAUACAGCAGUCACAGUCCCGCACGGGUAAACUUUAUACUAGCAAAGCAACUUCAUUGGGAAACAUGGGUGGUUUAGUCAACGAUGUACUCGCUAAUACCAAGCCCUCAAACUCUCGGGGUUCUACACCUCCUACUCCAGGGUUUGAAGUCGAUCAGAACGGGCUAGAUACUAAUCUUGGUGAAGAUGGUGAAAGUGUCAACAACAGUAAACUGAGCAAGCCUAACAUCACCACACCUUCAGCUAAAGAAAAGAAAAAGCCUUUCUUUAAGAAGUCUGAGAAUAUUCCUCCAUAUGACGUAGUGCCUUCAAUGCGACCAGUAGUUCUUGUGGGCCCUUCCCUUAAAGGCUAUGAGGUCACAGACAUGAUGCAGAAAGCUCUUUUUGACUAUCUGAAGCACAAGUUUGAAGGAAGAAUAAUCAUCACUAGAGUGACUGCUGACAUAUCACUAGCCAAGCGGUCCCUUUUAAACAACCCAAGUAAAAGAGCAAUCAUGGAGAGAGCGAAUAAUCGGUCUUCGUGCUUAGCUGAGGUACAAGCAGAAAUAGAAAGAAUUUUUGAGCUUGCCAGAACAUUACAGUUAGUGGUGCUUGACUGUGACACAGUAAACCACCCUUCUCAACUAGGAAAAACAUCGUUAGCUCCCAUUGUCGUUUAUGUAAAAAUAUCGUCACCUAAGGUGUUACAGCGAUUGAUAAAGUCUCGAGGGAAAUCCCAGAGUCGUAAUCUUAAUGUACAGAUGGUGGCAGCGGAUAAAUUAUCACAGUGUCCUCAUGAAAUGUUUGAUGUCAUACUUGAUGAAAACCAGUUGGAAGAGGCAUGUGAGCAUCUCUACGAGUAUCUUGAGGUUUACUGGCGAGCUACUCAUCCACCAAUAAAAAGCCCAACUUCUAACAUCCAUAGACCAAUUCCAUCACCUAAACCAACCCCCAGAAUGGAAAACAGUGCUAGAAGUACUGGAAUGAUGCAUCACAGGAUACAGACUGACAGAUUACAAACACAACCUUCAGAACUGUCUUCAUCAGACCUAAAAUUACAAGCUGAACAUUACCAUCAUCUUCCAUCGGGAAGCCACAUUAAUGAUUCUCAUGUCACUGGAGGCAGUUACCAGGAUAUUAGGGCCUCAAAGAACGAGAUCACGCUAGGGAACGUGAAUGGGCACGAGAUCACGAUCCUUAUUACGAAGAGUAUGACAUGCAUGAUAGUAUGUUGAGGCAUAAGACAGAGUAUGGUGAACAACUCGGUGAAGACUUGAGAGAUUAUAACCAACAUAACCAUGGUGACAGAGACUACAACUUUCCCCAUUGAGAACAGAAGUACCCUGAACACACAUUGAAUGGGAUCUAGAUUUCACCAUUGUAGUGAGACUCAUAAUGUGUCUUCACUGUUUUUAACCAUUUCACUUGUAAGAUUUCGCAUGUUAUUUUAUUCUUUUUUCCAAGUACUUAAUAACUGUGGAGAAUGGUUGAUCAGCUGAAGAAAUUCGUCCAACUUCCUGAAGGUAGUGUAUGGCAGUUGUCGUGAAAUCUCAUUAUUUGUAUAGGUAGAAAUGUCAGCUGCAGUACGUAACUGAAGCCUAAUACUUUGAACAUAAUACUGAAUUUUAACGAGGCAUCUGUGCAUUCAUAAAUAAAAAAGGGGAGGAAGGUGUGAAUUAAAAUAUCACUAAUUUGAUAAGAAAUAUCUCAACUAGUUUGACUAAAGUAAACAAAUUAUUUAAUUUUUUUUUAAGACUAAACAUAAAUUACCUACUAUAAAAUAUGUAUAUAGCAAAUCUUGUUUUUCUUAUUCUGGAGAAAACAGAAUAUCCAGGUUUUUUGUAACUUGUGUAAAUUUAACCAGUGAAAUUCAUACAAAACAGUAUUUUGUGUAUUUGCUUGAUAUACUUAGUUGAAAGUAAGAGUUUAAAAUCAUUAUAUUACAGGUGCUUUGUUCAUGUAUUAACUAUUAGGUAAAUAUCUCCACAUAGUUUGUGGGGUUCAAAGUAAAUGACUUCUUUCCCAAGCAUCAAGCCACUCUAAAAUUACUUGAAUGGUUUAUAUCAUAUUCCUAUUUCAUAUUUAAUUGAUUAAUUAAUAAAAUAGGUGACUGUAGACUCCUAUAUAAUUAAUAAAAUGAAUACUUAAUUGCAGAAAAUAGAACAAAAAAGCAAGUAUACAGUAACCUUGAAACUUGCUGUUUUAUGGAUUUCUUUUAACAUCCAAGAGGAACUUGCUUGUGAUGGGAUAACAAUUAACUGGAUUAAUCUUCAGUAUGAAACAUCUUUUGAGGUAGUUUGUUAUCUUCUUAAAUUUAUGGUUAUUAUGUAAGAUUCUCCCGAGGUUAAGUUGUCAUGUUUCUUAUGUUGAUUGUUUUUAUUAUUCAGUUGGGAGUAAAGCUAGAAUAAUGUAAAUAUAUUCCCAAAGCAGUCUCCCAUGGAGAUAAAGCAGCAUAAUGAUGUAUCACUUCACAUAAGCUAUUUUUUUCUAAAAUAGAAAGAUGGUAUUUCUAUAAAAUGUAAAUGUUUGUUUGA